AUGCCUGGCUAUGAAGCCGAACGAGAUCGACUGCGUGAGCAUCUCGGCAUCGAGUGGAUUCCAGGCGGAUUGGCAAAAAGCGAAUGGUCCGACAAGCCGAUUCGUCACUCAUCGGAUUUGAAUUGCGAUUUCAGCGAGCCGGCGAAAUGCCGCUGGAAAAACAUGGCCGAUGAUAUGCAAAUGGACUCGAGAGACUUCUAUUUGUUCGAGAAAAUCGAUUACACCGAAUUUCCGGCUCUUCGUGUUGGUCCGGGACCCACGAAGGUGCAACAAGGCGACAAGAUGAUAUUCACCGGCGACAAGAAGCGCGAUGAGCAGCACGCGAUAUUCUAUAGUAGUCCGAUCAAUUGUCAAAACUCCACCGGAAAUUUGACAUUCACAUAUUGGGUGUACAAUGGCGCGAGAGUUGAAGUCUUCUUGUUAGAAGACAAUAGAAGCGGCGGCUACAAAAUGGUAUUCGAUGAUCCGGCCGAGGAGAAGCCGUACGUCUCAUGCGGAACGAUACAGAUCAACACCGAAUGUCACGCUGAAAUUCCGCCAAGGGAUAAGCCGUUCAGAAUUGGAAUUCGCGCCUACGAGAUCGCCAACACCGACGGCUCAUUUGUGAUGAUCGACAAUAUUCUUUACUCAUCGAGCCUUUGCAAAGUUGGAAUCGACGUUGGCGACAACUUCAAAACGCUGCCAUUGGAGACGGGCGCCAAUGGGAAAUCGAUUCAAUCGGCGCAAGACCUUAAAUGCAAUUCGUUCGAUUCGAAAUGCCGUUGGCGUUCGGGUGGCGACGCGAAAGUGAUGUGGCGCAAAUCGACGUCAAUCCUUCCGAAUCAGCUUCUACUGAAUGCCACUGGCACCACCGUGGGUCCGAAAGGAGCGUACGCGGUGCUUUACGUCGAACAAGGCGCUGAUAAGAAAUCGUUGGAUAUUUUGAGAUCGGAUCCGAUCGCGUGUCAAAGUCUUACGGAAAACGAGUUUUCAUUCAGAUUCUGGGAAUUCGGGCAAAUCGAGCUUGAAGCAUGCGCUGUGGACCUAAUGUUUAAAGACAUUGAAUGCAUUCCGAUUCCUCACGGAUCAUCACCGGCUAAUGUGAAUGUCACAUUUCGAAAAUCCACCAUGAAUUUUAUGAUCACUCUACGCGUUUCAAAAUUGAAUCCCGAUUUCGACAACAUGCUCAUCGUCGACGACAUCGUUUACAAGGCCACACUGUGCACCGACGCGUUGUCGGUGUUCGACAUUGGCGAUAGUUUUGUGACGACGCCAAUGUUGAGUUUGCUGCUCGGCCGAAAUGUGCACACCGCUCAAGAUUUGUCAUGCGACUUCUCGAAGAGGGCUUCGUCUUGCUUAUGGGGAAUGUUGAACCAGGAGGAUGAGACAACCGAAAUUGCCGAGAAUAUGUGGACGAUCGGGCACGGACCAUUGAAUGCUGAGAAGCUCUACUUUUUGACGGGAAUCGCUGAUACGCCGGAAGGGGAAUUUGGCGUCGCAAAAUUUGAAACUGGUGGAAGUGCCAUCAUUUUAUCGGAAAUUGUGAGGUGCGCUUUGGACAAUGUGCACGUUCAAUUCAAAUUAUGGACCACUGGUUCCACAACAGUUAAGGUAUGCUUGGUGGAAGAAUCAUCGCCGUCACUUUUGGAUUGUCAAGUCGCUUCGGCUGGUGACGUCGUCGUCGACCUUCCAACUAUUAAAACACCGUUCCGCGUCGCAUUUUCCGCCGAAGCCGAUGAUCAGGGCAUGGCGCUUAUUGAUGACAUAAUCGUGACGGGAACAAUUUGUCCGCCAGCGUCGGCGCGCCAAUUUUCGUCGAAGACGUUCCGACCGACUGCCGACAUUCCGGAUCCGAACGUGUGCCGCCUUCUAUCAUGCGACUUCCAUCUUGGACACGCUUGCUUAUAUGAGCCAUCUCGAGUUGAAGGAAGCGCAAUGCACGGGAUUUCUGAUAGAAAACUGAACGCGUUUCUAACACGAUCGAAAAAGGUGUUCAUUUUGGAAUCGCCUCAAUUCCGAUUGAACACCGCUGCGCGCCUUCAUUUUGACUACAAACUUCAGGGUGAAGCCAACUUAUUUAUUUGCAACGAUAGUGGAACCAAAGAAUUGGAAAGCUGCUUCAAAGUUGAAGGACGGGAAGGCAAGGAUUACAUCGAGCUGAUUGCGUCGGACACAAAGGUUUAUAUGAUUGCGAGACUCGCUGAAAAUGGAAGAUACGGAUCAUUGGAAAUUCAGAAGAUAUCGUUUACUGAUACGAGCGAUCAGAUGAUAUGCUAG